AUGACUCUGACGAUUGGAACAAUAAGUAUGUCUGAUAAGGAAGAUGUCGAUAUAAAUAAAGAAUUUGAAAAUUUAUUGUUUGCCGAAGAGAAUGCUCACAACUUAGGUUACAAAGAAGGUUAUGAAACUGGAAAGAAACAAUUAAUAAAGGGAUUUCAUCUUGGGUAUCAUAGAGCCAGUUUAUUAGGUGCACAGUUAGGAUAUUACAGUGGUGUCUUGGAACAAUAUUUGAGUACAAACAAGUCCAAUUCAGAGAAAGCUGUAACUAUUGCAAAAGAGCUUCUACAAGAUAUUUAUAAUUUUCCUAGAUGCAACAAAGAUACCGUGGACAUUUUAAAAAUCAUGGAUGAUAUCAAAUUUAAAUAUGCCAAAUUUUGCUCGUUAACAAAAAUGUCUUCAUUGUAUCCAGAAAUGGACAAACUUGAUUUUUAA